AUGCUUCAAUCUAAAUUACAGCGUCCUUUCCUCGACUUUGUUGUCAUCCACGUAUCUGCCAGAAAUAAUUUUAUUCAUUUGACAUUUUUUCAGAAAAAUAAUAUGACAACAACAAGAUUUCAAUGGUUGUGGAGAUCAAGUAAAGAACCCUUGUCUCCGGAAUCGAUAAACGACGAAUGGAAACCAUAUUCUGACGUUGAAACGGAAAUAAUUGAAACUGCGUUUACGGCGUUUCAGCAGAACAACGAAGAACAAGUGGUCGAAUUAGACAAAUGUAUAAUUGAUCUGAACCGUCAUUUACAAACAUCAAAAACAGAUAAACAAAAUCAAGGCCCAAUCAAACGGGUGGCAGUCAGUUUAAACGAUCGACGUUGUCUGAGAAAAGAACGAUUUUGCAAAAUCCUGAAAAAUCCUCAAUUUGACAAAAACCGAAGACCUAAUUCAAAAAUCGACGUCGGUCAGUCGAUGUAG